UUAACUGUGUAUGUUACUUUUCAGUGUUAGUUCAAUAAAUUAUAUUCUUAAAUAUUUUACUAGUUUUAUGAACAAUUAGUACAAAUAGGCAGGAAACUGUUGAUAAAUUACAUUAUUCCUUUGAUAGUGUCAUUAUGGAUUUGUUAAAAACACCCUCUAUACAAUCUUUAUUAGAUUCCGAUUUAGAAUCAGUUGAGAGUCUUCAAUAUCUGGAUAUCGAAGAAUUAGAUGAGGUUGAAUAUGCGUUACCAGCCAGUGAGGCUCCCACCCUUGCUGAAGUUCUAUCUGCAGAAGAAGAAGAUGGCAAAAUUGCUGAUGCUUUUAAAACUCCCGAAGAGCCGUCAGCUUGUUCAGCCCUCCAAGCAGACUUCAUGCAAGCAGUGUCACAACAAAUAACACAAGCACAGGAACGAUCUUCUGCAGGAGCAGCAACUGCACUGAGUGUAGGAACAUCGGGGAAGUUAACUGUUGGGACAGCACAUGGUCACCUUCUAUCUUUUUUUGACCAAACCUUACGAUGGGUCUGCAACUCUAACUCGGAUAAAGGAGCUGUGUCCUGUUUAUGCUACAAUAAAGAUAGCACUCGAUUGUUAGCUGGAUAUGCAAGAGGGCUCAUAUGCCAAUAUGAAAGUAUUCGAGGUAUACUGCUAAGGCGUGUGACACUUGGAGGUGAAACAUGGGGAACACUACGCGUCACGUGGGCCGGCACAUCGGGACUGGCGUUAGACACUGGUGGAUCGGUGUGGCUCAUAAAAUUCUCCAGGCCACUAGGUGUUCGUUCUGCACGCACCUCUUGUCUUUUCUCAGGCGCAAGAGGUGAAGUAGUGGCCAUGACGGCUCGAGACGCCCGCAUCUUGGCCUUGGCGACGCUGUCACGUGUCAUCAUUGUGGCCGGCGGCCGCGCUGCGGGAGUGCGACUCGGAGGCCCUCCCGACACAUUACCAGUCUUGGAAUGGAGCGACACCGACGACAGAGUUCUAGUAUGUGGGCGCUCCAAAACAUUACAAUGGUUAACGGUCUCAAUCACUGGAUCUUCCAUAUCACUUCGACCAUUACAACGCGUGGAAUUGAAGACUGCGCCGCUUUGGCUCGGGUGGCUUGGCGGCAAUUUGGCCAUUUUCGACACUGACGAGAAUCUUAGAUUGUGGGGGGAUGAUUAUGACAAACCAUUAGAUUUGUCACAUAUUGAGCCUGUUUACGCAUCGGCUUUCUUCAAGGGCCUUUGGACAGACGGCAGAGUGUCUCGCGCCAUGAGUACCGCCGGCGUGAGUGCCCUCGGCGGCGCCUGCGUCGUGGAAGGCGCGCUAUCCUUAUUGGGCAGACGCGGCAUAGUCCGCGUCAAGCCCAGGGACCUUCUCGCCCGAGCGAAAGCGUUCAUCUUCUCAGGCCAUCACCUGCAAGCAUUGCGUUUGCUCUGCUCGUCCCAAGGACCAGAAGCGAAAUCGCUCGCUAAUGAAUUCAUAUUAUUCUUAUCUGAAAGGCCAUCCUUGAUGAAGAAUAGAAGUGUUGCUGAACAGACUAUCAAACUGUGUUUGAAAUACAAUUUACAUGAAGAGUUAUGGUCCACCUUAUGGGAGCAAUGCUCAAGAGAAAAUGCAUUUGUAGAAGCACUUGGAGAUGCCGCUGUACGAGGUGAAUUAUCAGAGAAUCCACCAUCUCCUGAUUCCACUCAGGCAUUGAUCGAGCGUUUGGCUGAGUUUGAGCCGAUGCUGGUCGAGAGAGUGGUCGCUUCGCUGCCGCUGACUUCGCUCGACCCGCAUCGCGCCAGUGUCUUCACGAGGGAGAAGAAACUAUGGCGAGGCGUAGGAGCUAUCGCCGCGGCACUAGGCGGCAGCAGCGGCGCGAUGCGCGAGCUGGCGCCGUACGUCGAGGAGGGGUGCGCGGGGCGCGGCGGGGCGGGCGGGUGUGGCUGCGCGGGCGCCGCGCUCGUGUUGGCGGCGGCCGACGCGCUGGCGGGCCGCGGCGCCGCCGGCCGCCCGCUGCCUGACCACGCCCAGCCCUCGGCGAGACACGACGCGUUGCAUACACUGCUGGCUGAGGACAAAUACUGUAAAACACUCGCCGCGCUCGUGUUGGCGGCGGCGGACGCGCUGGCGGGCCGCGGCGCCGCCGGCCGCCCGCUGCCUGACCACGCCCAGCCCUCGGCGAGACACGACGCGUUGCAUACACUGCUGGCUGAGGACGGCCCGGGCGGGCGCUCGAUCCUGCGCGUGCUGGUGGCGCACGAGGCGGCGGCGGCGGCGCGGCUGCUGGAGCAGAGCGCGCGCGAGGCACCCUUCGCGGGCCCGCUGGCCAAGCAGAACCGCCUGCGAGUCGCGCGCGCGCUGCUCGCCUUCGCGCCUGACCUCCAGUGGUCCUUAUUGAGCUGGAGCAAGCGCGCGCGAGGCGCCCUUCGCGGGCCUGCUGGCAAAGCAGAACCGCCUGCGGGUCGCGCGCGCGCUGCUCGCCUUCGCGCCCGACCUACAGGUACACGACCAUACGAAAAUGAAACCUAUUCCGAUGUAAUUGAGGCCGUAUUUUGCCUACUAGUGGUCCUUAUUGAGGUGGAGCAGAGCGCGCGCGAGGCGCCCUUCGCGGGCCCGCUGGCCAAGCAGAACCGUCUGCGAGUCGCGCGCGCGCUGCUCGCCUUCGCGCCCGAUCUCCAGGAAGAUGCGCGAGUAGAAGUAUUGGAAUUCAUCGCCGGGCAAGUCUCAUCAGGAGCUCUGCCCACCGAUCCAGAACUGAUGAAAAGUGUUUUAGAACUCGCGGCAACCACGAGCAGUGAGCGAAGUGAUCGCGCUUGGCUCGCCUUGAUAAUGCGCUCCAAGCCCAAAAUGGACCGCCUUCUGGCCCAAAGGGACUCGUCUGCCGCUAGACCGAGAGUCCGCUGGCGGGUCGAAGCGCUACUGGAGAGACACAACGACGCUAUAAGGCACUUCUUCACAAUCCAAAACCCUUCUGAGACAGAUGUGGACGAGUUUUUUGAGUACCUAAGAACCAGGUUAGAAGCAGACGAUUCUCUGUCCCUCGAGAGCCACCUCGCGGCAUUGAUUCGCCUCAAGCCGCGCGCGGCGGCUGCAUUAAUGCCGGACAGUCUACUGGACACCGUGGCGGACAAGCUGGAGCCUGCUUGCGAGCGAACGCUGGAGUUCGGAGAGUGUUUGCUGGAGACCGCCCGGUUAAAGGGCGAUGCUGCCGCAGCUCAUUUAAAAGCGCUGUGUGCUCUCCGGCCGGACGACGUGAGCGAUUUCCUCCAACGGAACCCGGGCGUUGUGCGGCCUGAGGAUGCUCUCAGCAUCGUGCGGGCGGCUAAACUGGGCGCGGCCGAGGCGCUGUGCUUGGAAGCGGCCGGUGACCCCGCCGCCGCGCUCGAGGCCAUGCUGCGAGGCCUCGCCAGCGCCGACCCGGACGCUGCGGCGCGGUAG